AUGCUUCAAGUCUAUGAAAUAGGGGAGAUUACCGGUAGCACGCGGGAACGUUCGAAAGUCGUCGUCUCAAAUCUCUGGGAGAGAUUCUCUCAGAAUCUCUGGGAGAGAUUCUCUCAGUCUCUGGGAGAGAUUCCCUCAGAAUCUCUGGGAGAGAUUCUCUCAGAAUCUCUGGGAGAGAUUCUCUCAGAAUCUCUGGGAUCUCUGGGAGAGAUUCUCUCAGAAUCUCUAGGAGAGAUUCUCUCAGAAUCUCUGGGAGAGAUUCUUUCAAGAUUCUCCCAGAAUCUCCAGGAGAGAUUCUCCCAGAAUCUCCAGGAGAGAUUCUCCCAGAAUCUCCAGGAGAGAUUCUCCCAGAAUCUCCAUAAGAGAUUUACCCAGAAUCUCCAGGAGAGAUUUACCCAGAAUCUACAGGAGAGAUUCUCCCAGAAUCUCUAGGAGAGAUUCUCCCAGAAUCUCUAGGAGAGAUUCUCCCAGAAUCUCCAUGAGAGAUUCUCCCAGAAUCUCCAGGAGAGAUUCUCCCAGAAUCUCCAGGAGAGAUUCUCUCAGAAUCUCCAGGAGAGAUUCUCCCAGAAUCUCCAGAAGAGAUUCUCCCAGAAUCUCCAGGAGAGAAUCUCCCAGAAUCUCCAGGAGAGAAUCUCCCAGAAUCUCCAGGAGAGAAUCUCCCAGAAUCGCAAGGAGAGAUUUUCCCAGAAUCGCAAGGAGAGAUACUCCCGGAAUCGCAAGGAGAGAUACUCCCGGAAUCGCAAGGAGAGAUACUCCCAGAAUCUGAUAUCAGAUUCUCAAAGAAUCUCUGGGAGAGAUUCUCUCAGAAUCUCUGGGAGAGAUUCUUUCAGAAUCUCUGUAAGAGAUUCUCGCAGAAUCUCUGGGAGAGAUUCUCUCAGAAUCUCUAUAGGAGAUUCUCUCAGAAUCUCUAUAGGAGAUUAUCUCAGAAUCUCUAUAGGAUAUUCUCUCAGAAUCUCUGGGAGAGAUUUUCUCAGAAUCCCUGGGAGAGAUUCUCUCAGAAUCUCGAGGAGAGAUUCUCUCAGAAUCUCGAGGAUAGAUUCUCUCAGAAUCUCGAGGAGAGAUUCUCUCAGAAAAUCUAGGGGAGACUCUCUGAAUCUCCAGGAGAGAUUCUCUCAGAAUCUCGAGGAGAGAUUCUCUCUGAAUCUCGAGAAGAGAUUCUCUAAGAUUCUGGAGGAGAGAUUCUCUCAGAAUCUCGAGGAGAGAUUCUCUCAAAAUCUCGAGGAGAGAUUUUCUCAGAAUCUCCAGGAGAGAUUCUCUCAGAAUUUCCAGGAGAGAUUCUCUCAGAAUCUCCAGGAGAGAUUCUCUCAGAAUCUCCAGGAAAGAUUCUCUCAGAAUCUCCAGGAGAGAUUCUCUCAGAAUCUCCAGGAGAGAUUCUCUCAAAAUUUGUAG